AUGUGCACCAGCGGCCAGAUUAUCGGGAGCCUCCUGGUGCUCUCUGUGCUGGAGAUAGGGCUGGGGGUGUCCAGCGUGGCCGUGGGGGCGGUCAGCUUCAGCCUGGCCCUCCGAGAGCACAAGCCGCAGCUUGGAGACUCGUCCCCGGUAUGGAGCGGGGUGUGUUUUCUUCUUUGUGGCAUAUGUGGAAUACUGUGCGCCAAAAAAAAGUCAGGACUGAUCAUGAUCCUCUUUUCAGCUUGCUGUAUCUGUGGACUCAUUGGGGGCAUCCUGAAUUUUCAGUUCCUCCGGGCGGUCACCAAGAAGACGUCUUCCCUGUACCCUCUGCACCUGGCCUCUAUGUCUCUGGCUUGCAUUGGGAUCGGAGGCUGCACCCUGUCUUCCUGGCUCACCUGCCGACUGGCGAGCUACGAGCAGAGAAGGAUGUUCUCGGAGAGGGAGCAUUCCCUGCAUCACUCGCACGAGAUGGCUGAGAAAGAAAUGACUGACAACGUGAGCAAUGGAGGACCACAGCUAAUAUUUAAUGGAAGAGUAUAA